AUGAGGGCACCUGGGGCUACCACUGAGCAACAAGCACGUGUGCCUAUAAUCCUUAUUCCAGGUCUCUGUAGUACCAAACUGGACAUCGUCCACAGGACAACGGGCAUGAGAGAACGUGCGUGGGUUUCAGCUCAUUACAUACCAAAGUCCCGUAUGGGAGAAAAGAUGAUAAACGAUGUAUGGGGAAAGCCAACCAGUGAUGGCCGGUAUCAGUCGUUUAUUGAAGAUGUUGGAGAUAUGCACAUAUUGGAAGGCUUCAAGGGUUGCUCACACCUAGCUCAGCACUGGGGUAUCUCCGUGAUUCAUGCCUUAAAUCCCAAAUUCAUGCUUGGCAGAUAUUUCACUACUUUAAAGAAUAGACUCAAAAGGCACGGAUAUCAAGUGGAUGUCGAUCUCUUUUGCCAUUCGUAUGAUUGGCGACAGCCCCUAUCAUCUGAUGCAGUUUUAGGCUCUCUGCGAAGACUCAUUCUGAGUGUCUUGAAUAGAACUAGCUCCUUACACGUUAUUCUAAUUGGUCAUAGCCAUGGUGCGCUGUUGGUCAGGCUGUAUAUGCAGUUGUAUGAUGACUGGCAUCAACAUAUUUUUCGCUUUAUAGCAAUUGGACCCCCUUACGAUAACUCUUCUGCCUAUAUGGCAAUGAGUCUUAUCAACGGUUUCGCAUUGAAAAUCCCAUUUAUAAAAUAUAUAACAGCUCGCAAUUUCCAAGCCAGCAGCUCUGUUCCUGUCUUUCUGGGCCCUGCUCCUGUGGUUUCACAAUUAGAGGAGUAUGGUGUCAAUCAAUACAUUCCUACUUGCAUAUUUAUUAAGAAAGUUUACCGAAACAGCGCUAAUUUUGCACGUCAGAUAGGUGUUUCAACUCAUGACCCUGGCCCUACCUAUUGUACUGAUGGAUCACUUUACAAAAAGUUCUUGCAAAAAGUCAUUCCUACCAACCUCUCUAUCAAGGAUAUCUCUGUUGAUUUGAAAAAGUACGGGAAAAAGUUUCCUGAUCUUUCGUCUCUUCUUCUUCUGAGACUCAGUCAACAACCAGAAAAACUCCAUCCACAACACGAGGCACAGGCAUUACGACUUUUGCUGUUAAAUAUAAAACGCGGAGUUCUUCGGUCAAAGGUGACAGGCGAGCGCAUUUGGUCUUCUAAUUUCUUAUACGUUGAUACGCUACUAACUCCACGUUAUACGGUUGGUAUACCUACUCGAGAGGCUGUUGAGAACCAGCUUGGUUUGUGGGAAUGGGAGGCGUAUACCUCUUGGACAGAGACUUCAGACCUUAGAAAAUCAUACCUGCCACUACGUGCCUUUAAGCAUCCAUGGUUUUAUAUUUCUGGCGAUCGGCUACUCCUCAAAGAAGAUGCCCCCUAUUACGAUGAAAUCAAAGACUGCAGAGUUGGCGCACCAACUGAAAUCAUUCGCUCGUCAUCACGCCCAGACAUUCUUCAGCAUGCAUACGCUAACUCCAUUUAUCAAAGCUUCAGCGAUUUCACAGCUCUUCGGGACAUUUUUGAAGAUGCAGGGACGCUAGUACGGCUUGCUCCUUACACUAACAGAGCAGAAAGCGCAUUUGUGCCAUUAACGCUUUCUGUUUAUAAGACCGCAACAUUAGAUCUAAACCACAAGCAAAAGGCACUAAACCAUAGGCGCACAACUUCGGUAGUGAAGCAAACUAGACUAAUAACUCCUACAAAAGCAUCUGACCUAGAGGAUCAUUGUGCUGUGGAAGUAGUUGCAGACAAGAACUUGUUCACUGAAUCAACUCCUUUGGAACUAAUCUCAUCUUUAUACAGACUUGACAAAGCGGGUUUUCGUGGUAUGUCAGCCUUGCGUCAACGACCACACAAUGUGCAGACUGGCAUCAAGAUACCACCUCUGCCUUGGAGUAGCAUAAGUGUCGUUUCAUCCAUCAUCUACCGCAGCGUUCUGUCCUUGAUGAAAAGCCUCAACCGCCCUGGAAGCCUGGAGGAGUACUUAUUUGAGCCUUUUGAGCAAUACUGGGAUGAGAUCUAUAAGAUACGAACGAAACCAAUUAUCUUCCCGCAGCCUAAUGAAACCAACUUCCGUUACUUUGCUAUCUGUGGAAGUGGGUGCAAGACUCCACUGCACGUGGUCUACAAUCAACCAGUCAGUAGCUACCAUGAACUCUGCACGCAAAUCCCCACUACAAUUGAUUCUGAUGGCGAUGGAACAGUCUUGCUUCAUUCUGCCCUAUCGGAUGGAUUUCCACAUGAUUUUGUUAUUGACCGUGUUAUCGUAAAGAAUAUUACUCACUUCAUGCUUAUUCAUGACAAGGCCGUCUGGUCAUUGAUAGAGGAGGUCCUCUUCUAG